AUGGAGCCACUGGCGUUCGCAUACCUGGACGACAUCAUCGUGUUCCGGACGUCCGCCGAACACCUACAAAACUUGAAAGAAUGUUGCCGUCCGCCUCUGAAAUAUUUGGGAAACGUUAUCAGCGAUGGUGGUGUCCAAACCAGUCCAGAGAAGAUAAUCGCCAUUCAGAAAUUACCGACGCCGCACAUCAUUACAACCUCACCAGUACAACUGAAAUGGUACAAGGAUGGAGGACACUUAGCUCCAAAUCACGCCAUCGACGAUGGUAGAGGUAUUUUGGUUAUCACCGAUGUUGUAGUAUCCGAUUCCGGCAACUACGUUUGUCAGGCAUCUGACGGAUUUGUAAUCGUAACGCAAUACACAACUGUAACUGUGGGACCACCUAAUCCCGCUGUGCCUCCCACUGUCUCCAUUACACCAAGCUACAUACAAGUCCAAGAAAAUCAACAGAUUGAAGUACAUUGCGUGGCCAGAGGAAAUCCGGCACCGUCGUUACAGUGGCGACGAGUUGACAGGCCCCAAAUGAAUGAAAGACAUUCGUUUAUUAACGGAGUCUUCCGCAUACCUUACGCUCAAAAAUCGGACGAAGGACAGUACGAGUGUGUCGCUACGAAUUCUGCAGGUGUACAGGGUAGUACCGUGUAUAUUCAAGUCUUUCAGCAAAGUCCCGAACCAGCGAUUAAAGUUACCAUCACGCCCGCGCAAUAUUAUGGUAAAAUCAGGGAGACGUUUAGUUUAACUUGCGAUGCCCCACGACCAUGGCGUUCGAUGGUUUGGUCUAGAGAAGACGGACAACCGCUCCCGUACAGCUCAUCGCGUAGCGAAGAUGAACGAGUUCUAACUGUUUAUGAUGCGAAACUUGAAGAUAGCGGAACUUACGUUUGUAGUGUUACAGCGCAAACUACUCGGGGCAACGGAACCGCUUACGUAUCGAUUUCUGCUGAAGAAUCUGGGGAAUAUCCGAAAGUAAGUGUGGACCCGACCCAAGUAACCGUGGAUCAAGGCUCAACGAUAGAACUUCGCUGCGAAGCAACUGGAGUUCCUGCACCUACCAUUCAGUGGACACGAGUUACUGAUCCUUUAGGUCCCAACGCUCAGCAAAUAGGAUCCGUACUGAAAAUCCAAAACGUGCAGAUCCGUGAUCGUGGUGUAUACGUUUGCGUGGCAAGUAACAGAAAUGGCGUCGCUCAAAGUUCUUCAAUCAUCGAAGUGGAACGAAGGGAAGCUCCUGUAAUCGAAAUUCAUCCCAGUAAGGCACUGACUGUGACAGCAGGCGGAAGUCUUAUUAUGCAAUGUCGUAUUAUUACCGGAAGUCCACAACCUAGCGUGCACUGGAGCAGACCUAACGGACAACCUUUGAGCAACACUAUUGAGCAGCUUUCAAAUGGGGUUUUGAGAUUUACUUCAAUCAGCUUGGUGGAAGCAGGUGAGUAUAUGUGCACUGCGGAGAACACGGCCGGAAAAACAACAGCCAUUGGACACCUUGAGGUUCACACGCAACCGUCAUUAACGAUCUCGCCGCGUAGUGGCAUUUUAAAUGUUCGCGAAGGUGAAUAUGUUCGUUUGGAGUGUAGAGCGACAGGAGUACCUCAACCUACAGUACAGUGGUCGAAGCAGUUCGUUUCCUACAGUGGUGCGGCUCAAGAAUCUCACGCAAGUCCUUUGAGUGGAUUAGUACCCAAUGUCGCUGUAUAUGAAAUAACUAGAGUAACCAGCAGCGAUCAAGGAUAUUACGUUUGUCAAGGUCAAAAUAGCGCAGGAACUGCUGAGGAACGAGUCAGUCUUGUGGUUGACUCGGUACCAGAACGAGGUGAUAUUACAGUAAGGCCAGGUGAAGAUGGUAGCGCAGGUAACGCGGGUAAUGAAGUAACACAGUACCCUCCUUACGUUACGCCACGAGUACCAUAUAAGGAUAACGAACAUAUCCCUACGUAUGGAGAUAAAACGUUUACUGCGCCCGUUGGAACACGUGCGGAGCUUCGCUGUCAAACAAAAACACAAGCCGGUUCAGAUCCAUUGUAUGUUAAUUGGGUACGUGGCGAAAACUCGACGUUGCCCGAAAAUUCCGUCGUGAGAGGUGGCACAUUGUUCAUUGACAAUGUUCAGCCGACCGACGGUGGAGAGUAUCGAUGCCUCGGAGUUCAUCCAUCGGGUGCUAUUGUGUUCAGUUUCAGUGCACACUUAGUCGUAGUGUCGCCUCCAAGAAUAACUUUACACCCACCAAAACAAGUCGUACGCCCUGGAGACAACGCACACAUCGAAUGCGCUGCAACUGGACAACAGCCAAUCUCCAUAACCUGGACGCCUGUCGGACGAGAAAUGCCCGCGAGCGGCUCCGCCGAAGGUGGCAAUCUUCGAUUUAUCGGAAUUCAAAUAUCAGACGCAGGUCGCUAUAGGUGUACGGCAAUUAAUUCCGCAGGAGAAGCUGACGCAGUUGCUGAUGUAGUUGUACAAGAUUACCAUCAACAGACGACUACAAUCACUGCAGAAAAUAGGCAACAAGUUGCGGAAAGGCUGGUCUACCAACCCAGCCCACUAGACAUUUACAAAUAUCUAUAUCCGAACCCGGAUAUGAACCAGUGA